CAAUGUUUUGAUACGAAAGUUGAUGGACUGCCAUACUGAGCAUCCAUUUAGAAAGUUUAUGGGAUAUUGCAAUGAUUAUGAUCGGGAUAUGAGAAAGUGUUUGAAAGCAGAGCGCCUUCAAAGACAGAAAGCCAACCUCGAAGACUCUCGCCGUAGACACGCAGAAAUCCGAGCCAGAAUAUUAGCACAAGAGAGAGCUAAACAUCAGCAUUAACUUAACCAUACAGCAUUUUGACAGCAUUUAUUAAACAUGACUACAAUGGAGCCUAACAUACUAGAUUCAAUACCAGACCUAAACAAUCUUAAGUCAUUUACAGAGAGAUAUUUUAGCAAAAGAUACAUUAUAAAUGUUGAUGGAGUAAAGAAUAAUGAUAUCAUGAUUAUGUUCCAUUCAAACAGGAUUGCCCUCUUGUGCCUGGCGCCAAGUCAUUUCUUUUUUAGUAAGAGCAAAGAGUACAAAGUUAAUUAUACAGUAGGUAAUGUAAACAGGUUGAAGAAUGCUGUUAAGGGUAAGGGCAAGAAAGGAGGUCAGGCUCUGAACCCUAAAUCAGUUGUAUGCAAGAUAGAAUAUGAAGACGGCACAAGUUUUGAUGUUCCAUGUGGCAUGAAAGGUACUUUAGUAGAAGUAAAUGAAGAGUUAGUGAACCACCCUGAACUCUUGAAGGAGUUUCCCGAUGCUGAUGGUUAUAUUGCUAUAAUAUUAUCUAGCAUUGCUAUUUCUGAAGCUACUAAAAAUGAAUUAUUGACACCGGAAGAGUAUUUAGAUUUAUUAAAUAACGGUGUAAAUGGUAAAGAAGAUAAGAAAUUAGAAUAGAUUUUGUUUGUUUU